AUGACCACGCACGCCAUCCACGCCGACGACGACUUCAGCGCACACCGCGCCAUCGCGCCCCCAAUGCACGUAGCCGUGACCUACCGAUACGCGCGGGACCCCGCGCACCUGAUCCCAAUGGAGAACAAAGACCCCAACGCCCCGCACGACUCCCACAUCUACGCCCGCUACUCCGCCCCGAACACCACGCGCCUCGAACACGUCCUGCAAGGCAUCUUCCACCCCACCGCCGGAAUCCUCACCUACAGCACGGGCCUCGCCGCCUUCCACGCGAUCUUGGUCCUCCUCCAGCCCGCCCGGAUCUUUAUAGGGGAGGGCUACCACGGCGUGCACGCGGUGAUCUCGCUCGUCUCGCGCCUCAGCGACGGCCGCAAAUGCCAGAAACUCCCGCUGGAGCAACUCCACCUCCUGCAGCCGGGGGACAUCAUCCACGUGGAGACGCCCGUGAACCCGACGGGCGAGGCGCGCGAUCUAGUGGGGUACGCCGCGCGGGCCCGCGCCGCCGGCGCGUACCUGACGGUCGACUCGACGCUGGCGCCGCCGCCGCUGCAGGAUCCGAUUGCGCUCGCCGGGGCGGAUGUUGUCAUGCACAGUGCGACGAAGUACCUGGGGGGGCAUUCGGAUAUGCUGGGGGGAGUGCUGGUGGUGAAUCCGGAGAGGGUCAGGGAGGGGUGGGCGGAGCGGUUGAAGGCGGAACGGAUGGUGCUCGGGGCGGUUAUGGGGAGCUUGGAGGGGUGGUUGGGGUUGCGGUCGGUGCGGACGUUGGAGUUGCGCGUGCGCAGGCAGGCGGAGACGGCGCGGGUGUUGGUCGCGUGGUUGGUGGCGGAGAUUGCCGCUGCUGCUGCGUCGGUGGUGGGGAAGGUGCUGCGGGGUGUACGGCAUGCGUCGCUGCAGGUGGAGGACCUGGAUCUUGCGGGUGAUGGUGGGGGUGGGGGGUGGUUGCGGCGCCAGAUGCCGGCGGGGUUCGGGCCGGUCUUCGCUAUCACCGCGCGCACGCCGGAGUUGGCGAGGCGGUUGCCGUCGAGGAUGAGGGUGUUUCAGCAUGCGACGAGUCUGGGCGAUGUGGAGAGUUUGAUUGAGUGGAGGGCGAUGAGCGAUAGUAGUUGUGAUGAGUGUUUGCUGCGCGUGAGUUGUGGGUUGGAGGAUGUCGAGGACUUGAAGCGGGAUUUCUUGCAGGCCUGUCGUGCUGUUCUG